UAGUUGGUGAUGUCCUGAGCGCCCUUCCACAUGCGCCGCGUGUCGCCGCUGUCCUGGAAGUGGCUGUGAAUCCGCUGGGCAUGUGCACGCUUUGCCCCUCUGAUGACCCGGGACAGUUUGGCCCUCGCUGCUGUUAGGGCUGCCUUGUCGCCUGCUCUGAAGGCGGAGUCAAUGGGUCCUCAGCAGCGCACGCACUUCCACAGUCAUCCAUGGCUUCUGGUCAGCACGUAUAGUGAUGGUCUUGGACACAGUGACCUCGUCGAUGCACUUGCUGAUGUAGCCGGUCACUGAUACCGUACACUCCUCUAAGUUGGUAGAGUCGCCAUCGGUUGCAGCCUCCCUGAACGUUUGCCAGUCAGUGUGCUCAAAGCAGUCUUGAAGAGCAGAAUUGGCUCCUGCCGGCCAGCCUCUGAACAGAAGCAGAUGAGUACUAUCGGAUGCUCAGACUAACUGCGUCACUGUUUGAAAUAACCAGCACAAAUUUAAUAGGCCAAAUAGCCUGCUCUGCCGUGGAGCCAUUUCUCAAGGAAUUAAAGAGCCAUACGAAACUUGGAACUUGUGCACAUUGCAACAGUUGGUCAAAAAUCCCGGGUCCUUGCCACAGUUAGAAAUUCUGCCCUAUUCGUAGCCCAAGCACCCCAGUGUUGGCAGGAUUGAGUGCUGACAGACUGGAAUUUCAUGCAUUGAGGAGGUACUGCUAUGUGGAAACCCGUCAGCAAUGACUGAUGUUGAAACCUCGUAUGCAGACUUCAUUGCUUCAGGACGAACAGGCCGGAGAAAUGCACUUCAUGACAUCCUGGGUUCUCCAUCAGGUGUAAACACAAGUGAUUUAAGCCUUAAAUUAGCAGAACUGAACAUUGACAAAAAAGAAGGGGAUGCUGAAAAAGAAACACAGACUACAAACCAACCUUCUGGAUCUCAGGAGAUACAAGAAAAGAGUGAAAGCUAAUCUGUCCGAAGCUUCUAGAACUUGCUGAUCCUGCUCAACAUCUGAGUUCCCCAAAGUCGUCAGAGAUCACAUGGAGAGAACAUUAAGAAACUGGAAAAUGAGUACCUUAGAAAGUGGGCACUUAGCAUAUAGACCAUUUAUAGCGUGGACUGAAUAUAACACAAAAUACAAAAUGGAUUCUAUCUUCCUCUUUCUCAAUGGUUGAAGAGUUGUUGAACUGAACAAUUUAAAACAAAAUGUGAUUUAUGAGUCAAUUACAUCUGCAAUUAUCUUUAGAAGGAGGAUGGAACUGAUUAAUUAUCCAUUCUGGUUGUUACAGUGUGUCAGUUGGUCAAGACAGAGUAUCCUAUCACAUUUAAGAAAAAUAAAGAUUUGAUGAUCUAUAGAGGAACACAGGUGGACUAUAAGCCCUAUAGUUGGGAAUUGUAAAAUGGCUUUUAUUUGAUUAUUGGAGGUGACCAGAAGUAAUGCUUUGCUGAUGCCCGAGUGCACUCAAUCCUGUUUAUCUGAAUGCAUGUCAACUAGAGAGUGUGUUUGGUCAAAUGUAGUGAAAAGGAUAGAACUUCUGUAAUAUAACCGACCUACUUGGUACUUGCAGUAAUUACUUGUAAAAGAUUUGCUUUAAAGUCAUUGGUGUUGUAGAGAAUUUCCAACAGAUUAUUAGAUGUCAAAAUUCACCACAUUGGAAAGUCGGUCUCUAGGAACCUUGUAGUUUAUUGUAUAUCAAUCGUCACUUUUAUAAGCUAAGCAUUCCCAGAGACCAAUAACUUGAUUAUCUUAUUUGUAAAGUAUUCCUUCAUCUCAAACAAAACCAGAGUUUGUGGAGAGCAAAAUUGUAUUGGAAGACUAACUUCUGCCCAUGAUCAUUUUGUCAGACCCAAUUCAAAUAUUAAAAUGUAGUGAUAGUAUAAACAUUGCAUGUGUAUUUAUCAAUACUUCCACAGGAUUAACUCUUUACAUCGGCAUAGCUUUUUACACGCUUUCAAUGGAAUGUCUCUCAGUAACAACCUACUUACAUAUAGUGCUAUUUUGAUCCUUAAUCUGACAAAUUGUCAUCCUCUUCACAUCUUUAUUAAUUAAUGCACAAAUUGAUUAACUAAGCUUCUUUUUAUUUCCAUUAGUAAUCCUGUUGCAAAGUCAGAAGCUAUCCCUUGAAAAAGUAGAUAUGUUGCUCUCCAGCAAACUUAAAAGGAAAAUGUACAUCACAUUUCUAGACUUUUAAAGAUCAUUCUCCCCCAAGAUGCAAGUAAUUACAUACUUUUAGAGCUUUGUAAACCUUUGAUACACUUUCUGUAUUUCUUUUAUAUAUGUCAACCAUUUGAGAUUAUGAAAUAUAGUUUUAUUGAAGACAUGACAUACUGUUUGCAAAUUAAGUGUGUCAGUUAACCUUGAACAAACAUUAUGUUGUGAAAUGUGUGGCUUAAUUCAAAGUUUUAAUUCUUCUAAUUGUAUUUUAAUCGCUGAUCAUUUUCAAUACUCCGUAGAGGUAUAAGAUAUUGUUCGCGAAUAAAUAAAGCUUUGCACUGUUAUCUAAACAACUAUUGUUAAAUGGUUAAGAGGAGACUUGUCAUUGGUCUUCUGUUGAAGAGGUGAUGAACAAAAAAAUACAAAUUAAUGAAGUGGUUGAAGACCCGAGUCUCUUGAAGGGUUUGUCAAUAUGGAAACUUGUAUUUUUGAUUUCUCACACAUAAUGACUAAACCUGUCGAUAUUAUACUUCAGUUUUUAUCAGUGAAAUAUCCAAUGUUUGACUCACUUUUGUAUAUAUUUUUAGCACCCCUUUAUAUUUUAAAAUGUUCUUUUAAACAAUUUAAAAUUUGUUAUGUAAUUGUGAUCCAGAGAACAUAUCAAAUAUUUUUAGAAGUCUGUCAGUGGAUGUACAUUUUUAUUCAGUCUUUCUAAUCAGAUGAGAAUUAACCAGAUGGAAUGGUGUAAAAUGGACAGUUUGCUGUUCAGACUGUUGUUACACAUCUCUCCUGAUUUUCAUUUACACAAGUCAAUAAAAGUGAAAAUUGAAGGAUAUGCAUAAGGGGCAGCUGAUUUCACGUCAUAGCCAAAGUUAAAAUGGUCCUUGAUAUCUUGCAAUGAAUUCAAUUCAUGGAAAAUGAGAAAAAGCAAUUGGAGAAAGCAGUUACCAGCUGCUGGUGAUUGUAUGUUUGGUAUUUUGUGUGUAUUUUCAUGAAAUAAAUUUGCACUUGUGCUUAUAAAUG